AUGUCUAAUGACUACCCCACCCGUCAAGAGGAGGAACUCGAGGUGCUCAAAUCCAUUUACCAGGGGGACAUAGUCGAUUUACGCUCGAAGAAAAUCGCUUGGAAGGUAUGGCAACCUGUCGACGUGAAGAUCCAACUUCGUCCUCAAGAAUCCAUGACUUCGCACACGGCUUACGCAGAGCUCACGCUGCGUGUGCUGUGUGGGCCCAAGUACCCGGACACGGUUCCUUCUGUGGAAAUUCUCGACAGCACAAACGUGCCCUCAAAUUCAGUAAACGACUUGCUCACAGAACUCAAAAAACUGGCCGAGAGUCUGAAGGGCGAGGUCAUGGUUUUGAAUCUGUGCCAACACGUCCAGGAGUUCCUCGUUCCCUUCAAUAUGCCAACUGUAUCGAUCUACGAUGAGAUGAUCCAGAACAAGAGGAAGCUUCAAGAGGAACGAGAACUGAAGCAGAAAACCCUCCAGGCGAAGAAGGAAGAAGAGGAAGAAAAGCAACGAUUGGAGCUUGCUCGAGAGAUCCGGGCGAAACAGGAACAGCUGAAAGAAGAGGCUCGUCGAAGGAGAGCGAACUCGAUCGGCCAGAACGAUUUGCGACUCAGCUACUCCUCCGAUAAGAGUCCCGACGACUCCGAAUCGAGUGUUUCUUGUAAAGGACACAAAUCAUUACAAAUCAAAAUCACAAUCAACGGUAAAGAGAGGCUCCUCCAGAGAGGGAAGUGCAUCGGACACUCGUCGAGAGGCAACGUAACGUACACGGCUAUGGAGGUUUCUUCUGGAGAGAUCUUCUGCCUACGAGAAUGGGUUUUCUCGCUGAAAGGUGGGCGCUUGCGUUCUUUUCACUCAAACCCAUCCGAUCAGAAAUUUAUAAUACACGUGGAAUCGCAAUUCGGAAAACUCUGUCGAGUACAACAUCCGAAUCUCAUUCGCUUCUACGGAAUCCUCGAAGAAUCUCAGAAAGACAAAGUUUCCAUAUCGAUAGUCCAGGAGAUGCUAACAGCUCACGCACCACUGACGCUCCACACGUCGAGAGGCGUUGCGCUGGAUCUACAGGUGCUUCGCCUUUACUGCCAGGACAUUCUCAGUGCUAUAUUUCACCUCCACCAGAACGAUCUCAUUCAUGGCGAUCUGAGAGUAGGAAAUGUUUUCGUCAACCAGAAAGGAAGCUUGAAAACAGGGAAUUUCGGUGUCGUGAAGAACCUCCAUGAGGCAAUGAGGAUCUCACAGGGCCGUGACGAGGCGAAAUACGCGAAAAUUCGAAAGUCCGACGCAAAGAAAUUCGAUGUAUUCCAGCUCGGAGUGCUGAUUCUGUCUCUCGCUAAAGGAUCGAAGAUUAGCGAAGAGGCCGCCAAAGUUCCAUCUUCGUUACCGAGCGAUUUCCAGGACUUCCUUCAGAAAUGUCUCGCCGUGAACGAAGCUGAGCGUUGGGACAUCGAACAGCUGUUACAACACAGAUUCAUCACGCAGAAAAUCGCAUAUCGGAAAUCGCUGCAGCUUUCCAGUCAAGCGACGAGCGAUUCCAACAUCGAGUCCCUCGAGAGCAGCGAUGAGGCUCUCGAGCCGGAGAGCAAUGGCGCCGAUCGAAUGCUCACGUCGUACAACCGUCUCUCGUCCACGAGCCGGCUGAAGACAGAGUUCGAGAUUUUGAAGUUUCUGGGUAGCGGAGGCUUCGGUUCUGUGAUAAAGGUACGCAAUAAACUCGACAGUCGCGUCUACGCCAUCAAACAAAUCCCCCUGGAUACGAAGCACAAGAGCUUGCAUCGCCGUAUCACCAGAGAAGUGAUGCUCUUGUCGAGACUGAAUCACGAAAACGUGGUCCGAUAUUAUAACUCCUGGAUCGAGGUAGCAGACAUUCAGAAGGUCUGUGAGGACGUGCCGCUUUCGGCCUCACCCCGCAAGUCUCAGUCGCUCUCAUGUGUUCUGAAGCAGACCCUGCUCGAGCUCGAAGCUCCCGCGUUCGUUGAAGGCACCACGGAAUGGAGCGUGUCGUUGAGUCACGUCGUGGAGAACGAGCACGAUGAAUCGUCCGAUUCGUCCGAGGACAACGAGCUGUUCAACCUCGGACCAAAAUCAGAUUCGAGCAUCAAGUUCGAGCGCGCCAGCGGUCUUUCGUCGUUCGAGGACGAGGAAGAUCAGAAGCCCGAGAGCUCGCGGCCAGCGUCGUCGACGCACCAGAUCCAAUUCAUGUUCAUACAGAUGGAGUUCUGUGAGAAGCAAACGUUGAGGAACGCCAUCGAUGCCGACCUCCACAGAGAGACCGACCGCAUGUGGAGACUGUUCCGCGAGAUAAUUGAGGGUUUGGUCCACAUCCACCAGCAGGGGAUGAUCCACAGAGAUCUGAAACCGGUGAAUAUAUUCUUGGACGUGCACGACAGGGCGAAAAUCGGCGAUUUCGGUCUGGCCACCACAACGCCGUUCUCGAAGCACGACGUGCCCGGAGGGGCGAAGUCUCCGGACAUGUCGGGUCCCCACGCAGGGAAAACCGGGAUGGUGGGAACGUUCCUUUACACGGCACCCGAGUCGAGCAGCGACCGGGUCUAUUCGCAGAAGGUGGACAUAUACUCUCUCGGGGUGAUAUUUUUCGAGAUGUCGUAUCCUUGUCAAACCAAAAUGGAGAGGGCCCGGAACCUGACCAAUAUCAGAGAUCCGGAAAUAAAACUCCCAGACAACGCAGAGGAUUACCUCAGUCAACAACAGAUCCACCUGCUGAGAUGGCUUCUGCAACACGACCCUCUGAAGCGGCCAUCGUCGUCCGAUCUGCUAGCCUCGGAGUAUCUCCCACCGCCAGUCAUCGAGGAAGCGGAACUCAAUGAAAUGCUGCGACAAACGGUCUCCAAUCCCCGGAGCAAACUAUACAAACGGCUACUUGGAUCGUUGUUCCAGCAAGAAUGGAACUACACCGACGAGUACUUGUACGACAACGACGACGUACGCGAAACGGAUUGUUACAUUAGGUACUCGAUGUAUUUCUCAUUUAUCAGAGAGCGCCUCGAGACGAUAAUGAAGCUGCACGGUGCUCAGAAUAUUUAUGUUCCUCUGCUGUCGCCGCAAUGCAACCUCUACGACAACGAGGACAAUGUUUCGUGUCUCAUGGACCAGGAUGGCUGUCUGGUACACCUGCCCAGAGAUUCACGCGUUCCGUUCGCGCGUUUCGUCGCACGAAAAGGUCUGUCCUUCGUCAAACGCUACAUUAUCGAUCGCGUGUACCGCUCAAAGAGAGUCUACAGAUGUCAUCCGAAGAUGUUCUUCGAAUGCAGCUUCGAUAUCAUCGCCACGAGCGCCUCCGACGACAGCAAGCUUCAUCAAGCCGAAGUUUUGUCGGUCGUCGAUGAAGUGCUUUCAAAGUUCGCCUUCAUGGAGAACCCCGAAUGCGCACCUAAACUCUUGUUGAAUCAUUUCGGUCUUCUCAGAGCGCUCCUGCUUUACACAGGGGUGGGCGACGAGAGCAAACAGGAGAAAGUUGUGAAAGUCUUGAGGGGAUCGCGUCAAAUGUCUAAACUUCACCUGCAGAAUCGCCUGGCCGAUCUCUCGCUGUCGGAAAAUACCAUCAAUCUACUUCUACAGUUUUGCGAUGUUGAGGACUCGCUGCCCGCCGUGCAGGCGUUCUACGCGCGGAUCCUCCACGGGAGAACUCCCGCGAGCAAAGUCGCUGCCGAAGCUUUCGAAGAGCUGGAUGCGAUCAGAGUUUUUCUUGAAAGCAUCUCGUUCUCGCGACCUUGGUUCAUCGUGCCUUGCCUCGUGCACGAUUACAACGUCAACAUUAGCGGUCUGACGUUCGAAGUUGUUCGGACCGUGUCGAAAAAAUCCAAAACUAAAAAAUUCCUGGAAAUUUUGUGUAGAGGCGGUCGCUACGAUAACAUCGUCAACAGCUUCAGGAAAGGCGCCGAUAGACAGGAACAACUGCUUGUGUACAAAGCGGUUGGCGUAAGCUUCAGCGUCGACAAUUUCGUGAGGCUCGCCACCGAGUACGACAAAACAUCGUACGUUGAUUCGGUUCUGUGCUCGACAGGACACGACCCCAUGAACAUCGAGCGCUUCGAGCUCCUCCGAUCUCUGUGGACAAAUAACUUGAGCUGUACAACCAUGAAUCCAGCCCUGAGCGUUGAAGAGGUUUCUCAGCAGUGUCGAGACACUAACGUGAAUCUGGUUCUUCUGCUGAAAGAUACCGAGCCGGGUAUGGUGAAAGUCCGCAGUUUCGAGAAAUAUAAAUACGGCGAGGAGAGGAUUCCCAUCUCCACAGCGGCGAAGGCGAUCACCGCCAAGCUCGAGAAAACAGAGAAAUCCGAAACGCAGGGAAACUCAAAAGAGAACGUCAGCUUGAACAAGAAGGAAGACAGGCCCUUCACUGUUGAGAGUUUGAUAAAAGUUAAUAUUCUAUCCCAGGAGAAGCUGAGCGCUCUCCAGAGGAAGCGGGUGGAGAAUCACGUCGUCACGGUUCUGAAAGGCACCCUCUUCAGGUGCAUCAACGACAAACUUUUCGUCGAGGUGAUCGUUGUGGACAUGGACAUCCAUCAUGUACGCAAUUUCGUGGUUAGCCUGAACGUCGAGAGCGACGAGAAAGCAUUCAGCGCGAGCGUCAAAGACCUCCUAGAAAGGACCGAUUCGUCCUCAACGAAAGCGUACUACGGGUCUAUAUGCGACAAAAUCCGGGAACUAACGUUUGAAUCGAGUCUUUGUGCUGCGUUCGUUGUGUUCGGACGCAAAGACAAUGCAUUCAAAAUUGUCCUCUGCCCUGCCAACUGCAAACUCUGA